UCUUGGUGUUUUGGGUCUUGAUCAUAUUGUGCCCUCCGAAAAGAAAUUCACGUUUUUCAUUUGUCGUUUCUGGAGACUUUCACUAAGCAUACUGCAAGGGAAGAUGAAACUAAAACGUUUGGUGAGUAGCUUAGCGCUCUUGAUAGUUCUGAGCCUACCAAUAACUUUUGCCGAAGACUGGUCAUGGGGCACUGUGGAAGAUGUCUCAACCUUUCCACCUUCAGAAAAUUCAACGUCCGGUUUUGACACAUUCGAAAGUAAUAACAGCAGUGAAGUGGAACCCUCUGACCGUGAACCACGCUUCCUGGGAUUCAGUGAGAAGCUAUGUUCACUUGGGAUUGGUAGCAAGUGCGACAAGAAACCCUAUCCAGAUGCUGUAGAUUCUCACUAUGGUCCUCCACCUGUUGUUGGUUCUUCUUUGACCUCAAGCAGCUAUGCCACUCUUGAAUAUGACAACUACAGCAAGGAGGGGCAUGGAUAUCCUUCUGUACCUUCAAAAGUCUCUGCAGGAGGUAUCAAGCCUUUCUUUGUGCCACCGAAACCAUAUCCACAAACCAUUGUAAAACCCCAUCCAACCCAUCAUAAUACUCAUCAAAUAAGCCCAACGUAUGAAGCCCCAAAACCCACAUAUAAGGUACCAGAACCAGCAUAUGAGGCACCAAAGCCUGCAUAUGAAGCUCCAAACCCUUCUCAUAUCACUGUACCUCAUGGAGAUGUAAAGCCAUCUUCUGUAGUUCAGCACAUUCAUAGUCAUACCCACAUUCACCAUGGAGCACAAGAAAAUGCCCCAUCCGGUUCUGCAGUUUUUGUCUCUACGGGAAGUGCUUUACCUUCGUCUGGGAAGACAAUUGUUCAGAGUCCCGUAGGAGAUAAGGUCAGUGGUAGUGGAUUUCACUCCACUGGACAAUCUGAAAUAUUGCAAUCAAGCUCUGUCGGAGCCUUUUCAUCUGCUACCUUUGGAGGUCAAGUGAUAGGUAAUUUUGGAGACCAGGUUAGCAGUACUGGAUUCCAAUCUUCAGGUCAGUCUGGCUCCGCCUUCCAACCCAGUUCUAAAGGAGUUUCAUCGGCUGUGUCUAGCGGAACUAUUCCACCUUUUCAGGGUCAAGUAGGGAGUGCAUUUGGAGAUCAGAUCAGUAGCACUGGAUUCCAUUCCUCAGGAGUAUUUGGAUCCGGAUCCAUUCCAAGUAAAGUUAUCCCUCCUGUGUCUACUGGAGAUAUCCAGCAAUCAUCUUUUGGAGGUCAUGUGAGUGGUACUGGAUUCCAGUCUUCAGGCCAAUCUAGCUCAGUCUUCCAAACAAUUUCAAAUGGAGUGGCAUCAGCUGUGUCUGGUGUUACUAUCCCACCUUAUAAAGGUCAGGUAGGGGGUGCAUUUGGAGAUCAAACCAGUAUCAAUGGAUUCCAUUCCUCAGGAGUAUUUGGAUCUGUAACCAUUCCAUCUAAAGUAUUCCUCCUGUGUCUACUGGAGAUAUCCAGCAAACUUCUUUUUGGAGGUCAUGUUAGUGGUACUGGAUUCCAGUCUUCAGGCCAGUCUGUUUCAAACUUCCAAACCAUUUCUAAUGGAGUUGCAUCUUCUGUGUCAGGUGGAAAUAUCCCACCUUUCAAGGGUCAGGUAGGGAGUACAUUUGGAGAUCAGAUUAGUAGCACUGGGUUCCAUUCCUCUGGGGUAUUUGGAUCUGGAACCAUUCCAUCUAAGGUUAUCCCGUCUGUGUCUACUGGCGUUAUCCAGCAAUCAUCUUUUGGGGGUCAGGUAACCGGAAGUGAAUUCCAGUCAACAGUAAAUGUAGGAAGUGGAGUUCAAACUGUACAAACUCGCCCAUUCCUUGGACCAAUCAUUGAAGCGAACACACCCGGAUAUCAAGAAGAAUGUCGUUGUGUUGCCAAACAUCUUUGUCCUAUUGCUGAUGUUAUUCCUCGUCAUUCUUCCAUUGACAUUAGGGAACUUAUUGAUGCACGUUCAAGAGUCUCAGAUAUCCUUUCAAAUGCAACAGAUCUAGAAGAAACCGAGAUUACCACAACCAUUGCCCCUGAAAUUGACACUGUCAUUCCUGACAAUGAGGAAGAGUCUCGUCAGAAAAGAGACAUACUCACAGCUGACAUUCAUGGCCAUGAUGAUGUGGACUAUCAAGAGCGCCAGUUUUCAGGCUACGUUCCUGGACUAACUGGAUGUGAAUCCCACCAAGUGUGCUGCAGAAACCCUGUUUAUGCUCCUCGUAAAAAACACCAUACUUGUGGUAAAAGUAAUGCUGCUGGUCUCCUGGGUCGAGUGAAAAAUCCUUCUUUUGUGAAUGAUGAUUCCGAGUUUGCCGAGUACCCAUGGCAAGCAGCCAUUUUGAAACUUGAUCAAGGAGAGAAUGUUUAUGUGUGCGGUGCAGUUUUGAUAACUGACAGACAUCUCCUAACAGCGGCUCACUGCGUGAAAAGUUUGCAUUCAAACACCAUGAUCAUCCGCAUGGGUGACUGGGAUGUAACAACGGCAGCAGAAUUUUAUCAACACGUUGAAAUUCCAGUAUCAGAAGUCGUCAUCCAUCCCGAGUAUUAUGCUGGAAAUCUCCAGAACGAUAUCGCUCUAAUGACACUACAAUACCCUGUUGAUUUUGAUAAAAACCCGCAUAUCUCACCGGUGUGCCUUCCUGAGAAAUACGACAGCUUCAUCGGUCAGCGAUGCCAUUCCACCGGAUGGGGGAAAGAUGCCCACGGAGAUGGAGGGAAAUUCCAAAGGGUUUUGAAGGAAGUCGAGGUUCCAGUCUUGUCUCAUUUACAGUGCCAAAAAGCCUUGAGGUUCACUCGCUUGGGUGCAUCGUUCUCGCUCCCCGAAGGCAACAUCUGCGCAGGCGGCGAGGAAGGACGAGAUACUUGUGAGGGUGAUGGUGGUGGUCCCUUGGUAUGCCCUGGGCACAAUGGCUAUGCUCAGUUGGUGGGUCUGGUAUCAUGGGGCAUUGGCUGUGGUAAAGUGGGUAUUCCUGGUGUUUAUGUCGAUGUGGCUCACUACCUCGACUGGAUACGAGCUAAUUCUCAUUAACUACAAUAUUAUAUUAUGUUUUAGUUAUCCAGUUGAUCUGGAUAUUUUAAGCAACGUCUAGAUACCCAGUUGAUCUGGAUAAAAAAGUAAAUAAAUAUAAACGCGAUGCUCAGUUGAUCUGGCAUAUAAGGCAAACCCCAAGAUGCUCAAUUAUUUUGGUUGCUGAAGAAUAAAGGCCUAGCCUGGAUACUGAGAACAUUCAAUCACCUACGUUGAUCGAUCUCAUCCGUAGUGUCUAAUUCAUCAACAGGACUUGAUUGACUGUGAUAUUGCAUCAUAUAUUUAGCACUGAAGCGGCCAAAUGUUCAAAAUAAUGAACUGUUUUCUCAGUUCUCUGUCCAUUAUUUAUAUCAUAUCCAUUGUUAAACAAUAUUGUUCAUCUAUUUAUGAAUAAACUUUA